AUCAAAUGCAUUGUUAGGCGUCUUCUGCCUUCCGCCCUAGCGCUACCUGAAAAACGUCUUCGCAGUCUGGCUGCAUAUGCAAUUGCCUGCAUCGCCCAGACAGAUUGGCCUGAGUCCUGGCCUGAUCUCUUCGAGGUACUUGCAGGUCUCCUACUUCGACAGCCUGGUGAUGCAGUUAUAUCCCUCUCCACCGCCACGAGCUCGGAUGUAGAUUCAGUUAACGAGCUGCCCGCUAUUCACGGAGUUAUGCGCGCUCUUUCAGGUCUGAGUCUAAUUUCCUAUAAGCACUUUCGAAAUUAUGAUACCUAA